AUGACAAUGGGCCAAGAACAGAGCGCUCCUCGCGAGAACGACGACGACAACACGGACAUCCAAAGCGGCCGCUCAUCCCCACUUCCCCGCUGGGACCACCCGGAAAACCAGGAGCAAGUAGAACGACAACACGCGGCUACUACCGAGCCGCUCCCCGAGACCGAGCCCCCUCCCGAGGCGAGCAAGAAAGAGAAGAAGAAGAAGAAAAAGAAGAAGGAUCGCGAGAGGAGCGUUGGUGAAGUUAUGAACUCACCGGGCCGAUCUCUGUCGCAGCUGACGCCGCUGAAGAGGAAGAAGACGCGUCCUCCGUCUUUGGGGAAUGUCGAGAAUGUUGGUCAGAGCCCGGAUGGUGGUGGGUCGGCGAGGCGGAAGUUGAAGAAGUCGAAGCGGAUGUCGUUGGGGACGAUUUUGAAUGACAAUGCCGAUGCUGUUGAGAACAACGACAGUCAGGACUCGUUUGUUCCCCAGCCGACGCUUCCAGAGCUCGAAUCUGAGCCUCGGCUUGAGAAUAAUGAGGAAGAGGACGAGGGAAUGGAGGAUGCUAUGGCUUCUCAACGGCGCAAAUCGAGUAGCAAGAAGAAGGGCAGGAACAAGAAGGCUGAGCCAGAACCAGAGCCGGAACCAGAGCCAGAAGUGGAACCAGAGCCGGAGCCGGGGCCAGAGCAAGAGCAAGAGUCAGUGCCAGAGGUGGGACCGGCCCCUGAAGCCGCCGCCGUGGAGGGUGAUAUGGAAUUGGACGAAGCUGAGGAGGAUCUUGCCAACCUGAAGACUGAACGCCCGGAUCACAAUUCUGACGAUGACGUCGACAUGGAGGACGGUUCGGUAGCACGAUCCGAGCACGUUUCCGAGACACCCGCCCCUCAAGAGGAAGAGAAGGAAUCGCCUACUUCGCCCAUCUUGCACGUUAAGUCCGAGCCAGGGGUGUAUGACGAAGACGAGGGCAUGUCGAGGCUUGGGCAGGGAGAUGCCACGGACGAAGAAGAGUCACCUGUGCCAACCAAGACCGAGAGACUGCAAAGGGUGAUGGAUGAAGCACAGUCUGCCUACGACUCUGGGUAUAUCGAGACGGAUGGCAGCAACGAAAGAAGUCAGAGGUUCGCGACUCAGGUUUCGCCCGCUCUGGACCAUGAAGAGGCUACGCCGUCGGAAGAUGAGGUAAUGCAGAAUGUGAAGUCUGCGCCGGAGGAGGAUGAGGAGGAGAUGAACGGGACACCGGCGAGUGAGGCCAGCCCUGCUCAGGCGCUUAAGGCUGCGCCUAAGAGUGAGGGUGAGGAGGAGGGAACACCAGAGAGCGAGGCCGAGGAGGAAGAAAGCGAGGUAGACGACGAAGAGCCGGUUAAUGACCCCCUCGAAGACAGUGCGGACGAGGAGGAGGUAAGCGAGGAGAGGUUCUCCGAAAUCCCCGAAAGCGACAUUGAACAACCAGAAAUGCAGCACGAGGAACCGAGAGUCGAACCACCGUCGGAAGCUGGGAAUGUGCCGACCAGUCAGAGCGAUCAAGCUCAUGUCAAUGGGACCACCGUUCAAUCUUCACCAGAUCUUGGCGGCGACGAUGUUGCUUAUGCGGCUUCGCCAUCACCCCCUCCCCCCUCAUCUGUCAGGGCCCGUUCUUCCACGAAACGUAAGGUGAAACGUGCUUUCAAUCCCGACGCCCCGGUCAGCGAGCCAGACGCACAGCCGGAGACAUCCUCAGCUCGCUCCCAGAAGAAGCGUAAAUCAAGAGAUCAACCAGGGGAACCUGAGGAGGAAGAGAAACCUGAGGAGCCCGAGGAGGAGCCAGAGGAGGAAGAAGCUCCUGCUCCCACCCCAGCACCCAAGAAGAAAAGGUCCAAGAAGAUUCGUGAAGUUCUUCAUGAGCAAGAGGGCGGCGAGAUCGACGAGGAGGCCCCCGCUGCCUCUACACCUGCCCCAAAGCAGAAGAAGACACCAAGGUCAAAGAAGUCGAAGAAGGCGGCCUCCGAGGAACAAGAAGAGAAACUCGAUAAGCACGGUUACGCUACUGGGAGACUUACUGCUGUUGAAGAAGAUAAGGUCACCAAAGCAGUGAACAAGUUUCGCAAGGACGAGGGCCUAACCCAGGCUGAAAUCAACAGGAUCAUACAAGAAAACCCUGCCGUAGCCGUGCACAAUGCUAAGGGUGCCCCGACAUUGCAUGCCGCUCUUUGGACCGCUGUGUGCGAGGCGUGCCCUUCAAGAUCACGCUUAAAGCUGCAGAAGUUUUGCAGACGAAAAUUCCACAACUUUGUGGCACGUGGUCAGUGGACUGCUGAACAGGAUGAGGAGCUACAGGAAAUGAUGAAGAUUCACGGCAACAAGUGGACAGUCAUCGGAGGCCUGAUCAACAGACAUCCCCAGGAUGUUCGUGACAGGUGGAGAGACUAUAUCGUUUGCCGGGACAAAGUAGUGAAGCAUGACUGGAGCAACGAGGAGGAGGCGAAGCUCACCCAAGCAGUCAAGGAGGCCGUCGACAAGAUUCGGAAAGACCUCAUCUCGAGGGGGGAGGACGAAGGACAAGCCGAGAGCCUGGUCAACUGGCAGGCUAUCAGCGAGGCGAUGGGCCGGACGAGAAACCGACUUCAGUGCAUGGAGAAGUGGAAGAGAAUACUCAAAGCUGAGCCGAUUGCGGACCGGGACAGGGUCAUCACCUUGCUACCUGAUACUGACAACUGGAGGGUGAAACUGGCUCGCCAGGAUUUGACCAAGAUUACACCAGCUGAGAAAUACAGAUUGGCCUGCGUCAUCCGCGAUGGCUGCACGGAAACCGAGCGGGAGAUCGACUGGAAGAAGAUUACCGAGAGGGUCUUCAAGGACAAGUAUCAGCGUCAAGCCCUGGUUGUUAUCUGGGGCCGGUUGAGGUCGUCGGUGCCACACCAUGGGGAUAAGACCGUUCAUGAAUGCGCGCAGCAUAUUGUUGAUAGGUAUGAUGAAGAGGGAGGAUUUGGGGACAGCUACGGCAACUACCCUGAUGAACAGUCCCUUCCUCCCAGCGCCAAAAAGCCUCGCGGCAGUGCCAAAAAGCCGAAAGAGCCGACGACGAGACGCCGCUCGACCUCCGUCGCCUCCGCCAAAAAGAAGAAGAAAGAGUUGAGUGAAGCUUUUAUUGUUGACGAGACUGACUCUGAGGGUGAGACGGUGGAGGACACUGCGAUGGAGGAUACGGUGAUGGAGGAUGCUGCCUCGAUCGCUUCCGAUGCCCCACCGAUCGACUCUGAUGAGGAGCAUGAAGAAGAAGCGCCCGAGGAGGCCGUAGACGAAGAAGCAGAAGCACCACCUCAGUCCUCCGUCGUGAAGCGCCUCGCCCCUGAAGAGGACGACACCUUGGAUCAAGAAGACGAAACACGCCCCCCAUUUGUGCCGUCCCCCUCGGUCGAAGCAGAUGCAGCCCGCACUCGUCGCCGCGAGCGUUCUCUCUCGAACAAGCCCCCCACCCCUGCCGCCAUCGAGGAAGAAUCUGGUGAAGAGGUCCAGGACGAGGACAUGGUCACCAGCACUCGUCUCAAGUCGGCCAAGAAGCGCCCCGCCACCGAGGAGAUGUCGCCCCGCAAGAAGAAGAGAAAGACCAACUCGGAGAGUACUGUCCGGCCUGCGGUCCUGAGCAGUUCUUCGCCUGCUGUUACGUACGGGAGGAAGUCGAAUAGCAGGAAGGAGAACAAGAAGGCGGCGGCGGAGGCGGUGAAGGUGAGGCGGGCGAGGGCGUUGAGCACGAUCAGCAGUGAUAUGGAUGACAUGGAUGAUAUCCCUGCGAGGCUGCCGGGGCAGACGCCGCCGGGGAGGGUGACCAGGAGAGUUGCGAGAAAGUAG